AUGUCAGCGCAGGAGAUGAUGAGCCCGAUCCGCCGCAAGCCACAGGAGUUGCCUCCACUUACUCCCAGCAUGGCUGGAGCUUCGAGUAUCCAGCCGAGUCCCAAUCGCACGGAAGCAGCGGCAGCCAUGAUGCAUUUGCUAACAGGCAGCAACAGUCAAGAGACCAAUACUUGCCCCGCUUUAAAGCCAAGUAAAGCUAAGCGGAGAUACGUGCGUAAAGCCCCCAAGAAGGUAGGGACAUCGGCCAAGAGACAAAUCAAAACGGCGUGGAUGGACUCGGAAACGGCUGCAAUGGGGAAACCCCCGGUCAAGGCUAGUCGGGCGUCUAAAACACAGGAGGAUGGAGACAAGGACGCAAAGAACGGGGACUGGCGGAUGGAGGGGGACGAGGUCAAGUUCUUCCCCUUCCGAGAGUACAACCGGAAGGACAAGUCACUUGGCUUGCUAUGUGAGAACUUCCUGAAGCUGUACCGGGAUGACAAGAUAUUGGAGAUCUGUCUAGAUCGAGCAGCUACAGAAUUGGGCGUGGAGCGAAGACGGAUCUACGACAUUGUAAAUAUCCUCGAGAGCAUUCACCUUGUGAGUCGCAAGAGCAAAAAUCUGUACAACUGGCACGGACUGGCCUCCCUCCCGACGUCAAUUUGCGCAAUGAAGCAACGAUACGCAGAAAUGCAAAAGGCGUCUCCGACUGGUGAUCGUCGAAGAGGCAAGUCCUUGUCGAAAUUGAGUCAAAUGUUUGUCCAACUUUUCCUUGGAUCGGAGGAUUGUAUUAUCCCGCUGGACCAAGCUGCCAAACAACUGAUACAAAUGGAAGAUAGCGAGAGCGAAGAAGAUCGUCUACUAAAGACCAAGAUUCGCCGACUAUAUGACGUGGCUAACGUGUUGGUUAGUGUCGGAUUAAUCGAGAAGCUGCAGCUUUCCAACUCUCGGAAGCCUAACGAGAACAAACCUGCUCAGCCUCUUUCCGACAACGUGGUCGUUGUAAAGUCCGAAUCCAUGUCUCCUAGCGUCGAUAUGGAGGACACAGAAGCCAUCAAGUCUUCCCAGUCCUGUGAUAGCGAUAUGUUCGACGACGAUUCUCAGUCCGACACUAGUAAUUGUGGGUCAAAGCGGAAGCCAACAGAACAAGACGGAAGUGACGUGAGCAUGUCGGAUGGCGAGUCCUCUUCCAAGCGCAGUCGACAAAGCGAAACGCAACCAAACACGGACAAACGGUUACCACAAGCAGCGGGUGAUAAGAGAGUGAGUCUGCUCCGAAUGGACGCCAACGAUGAGCCCAUCCAUCCACAGACGAUUCUCCACGAACAGCAAGAGCAAGUCAAGCUUUACAUGCAGCAGUACAUCCGCGAAUACGUCGAGUACUUGGCUGCGCAUCAAACGCUUCCCGAUGCCACCUCUACCCAGUCGAAUAAAGACAUCCACGGUACUCCAGUGAGCCUCCCGUCGCUUGCUGGUAGCAUCCAAGAGCUGCUCUUGUCUGAAAGUCCUCAAUCAGUCGCCGACAUCAUGGCUGCUCGAGAUGGGUACGACGCACCACGGAAUCUGAUCAUGGCGCUUCAGCCACGCUCGCAGUCAUAG